AUGAGGCGUGCGGCACAUGGCCGGCCGCGGGGCUGCCGACGGGCAACGGCCGCCGCCGCCCACCUCCCGGCCUGCCGCCUCCUCCUCCUCCUCCUCCUCCUGCUGCAGGCACCCCCCGCAGUUCAGUCCUCAAAGACAUUUUUAAGAAGUGCGGGAUCAAGAUACAAUAGCUUAAAAAUAGUGGGAUCUGUCAUAUCUCCAGUUAAAGUUUAUGUCAGGCUGUAUCACAACAGCCCACAUAUUUUAUGUCUUACGAAUAGUCUGCGAAACUUAGAACUGAUUGAUCCAAUAUUCCAGUGGUAUGGACCAGACGGUCGUCUUUCUUCAGAAAAUAGCAAUGUGCAGAUAUCACCAACAGGAACUUUAAUAUUGAGACAUUUCAACAUGAGUGGAGUUUACAGUUGUUCCAUUGUUUAUAAGCUAACAGCAAUGCAACCUGAUAGAAACCUCGUAAUGAAUUAUUCUAUUUAUGCUUAUUCUGAUCCUGAAAGGUACUAUGAGUUCACAGCCCGUUAUCAUGCAGCUCCCUGCAACAGUUCUCGUAAUACUUGUUUUGAGAAAAAGUUGCUUCAAAAACUAAGCCAACUUGUUGCUGAAUUUUCUUGUAAGGUUACAUUAGUUCAUUCAGAAUGCCAUAAUUUAAAAAUGCAGAGAGCUGGUGGACAAAAUGUAAUCUUCUUUACAUUUUCAGUUGCUUGCUUAGGCCGAGAAAAACACAACAGACUAGGUCAGCGAAGUGCUUGUGAAGCAUCUCAUAGACUGAGGAAGGCAAAAGAAUUUAUACAGAUAUUUUUUAACAAACAGCUGAAAUUUAGCAGGGAAGGUUCUGAACCGUUGUCUGAAAUAUACUACAUUGAAGAUACUCUACAAACAGUAUUGGUUGAUCGCUGCUAUCCAGGGUAUGGAAUUAAUCCUCUAAUGCAUCCAGACUGUCCAGAGUGUUGUGUUGCAUGCAGCCCAGGAUCAUACAAUCCUAGUAAUGGAACUCACUGCCUUCAGUGCGACAGCAGUUUGGUAUAUGGAGCAACCAAGUGCUAAGGACCGAGGGAUCUGUACUCUUGUGGUAGCUCUUAUGAAUUUUAACAUGGUAAUAUUAAUAAAUAUUUUUUAAAUGUACAGUUUUGUUUUGGAUACAUCUACAGAAUACACUUGUUUUCAAGAAAGAAUGAUUCAUCAGCAUAUUGGUAAUGUUUUAGGUCAUAGCACUUAGGAGUGCUAUGCUAGCUUAAUACAUAUAGAGACAAUUAAUUAAAUCACAAGGAGAAAAUACAAAAGUAGAGAUACUUUGCAUGCUUAGUCCUUUGCUGAUAGACCCCAGCAGCUCUUAAUACAGACUGACAUUAGCAGUCUAUAUUGUAGUUCAUCUUCCUGUCUGUUCAGUUGUUGGUUAAGAGGAUUAUAGUGAGCA